AUGGGCUAUUCACUGUGCCCAGCCGCCUAUGCAACGACCACAGCUCUCUCGCCAGUUGUGCGGCUUUUGGCACUGGCUGGUGGGAUCACGCUCUGUUCAACGGCCGCUAAUACGCUGAACCAAAUUGUCGAAGCGCCCUACGAUGCACAGAUGGCACGUACCAAGGCACGUCCCCUUCCGCGCCGCGCGAUCUCGCCUGUCCAUGCAUUUGGUGUGGCUUCCUGCAGCACGUUGGGUGGCAUCGCCCUUUUAUGGACACUGACCAAUCCACUGACGGCUGCGCUGGGCGCGCUGAAUGUGGUGUUGUAUUCAUUUGUUUACACGCCUAUGAAACGACACAGUAUUGCAAACACUUGGGUCGGUGCCGUUGUCGGUGCAUUACCUCCCCUCAUGGGCUGGGCAUCUUGCACUGGCACACUUACGCAUACCACUGAUGCCGCAGGCUGGAUCCUCGCUGGUAUUCUGUUUGCAUGGCAAUUCCCGCACUUCAAUUCGCUUUCUCAUGCCAUGGGCAACGAGUACGCACGCGGCGGCUACCGAAUGAUGGCCGUCACGAACCCUGCAUUGAAUCGCCGUGUCGCUUUCCGCUACGCCCUGUCUCUGUUGCCGCUGUGCUCGAUUGCGUUGCCCAUUACCGGCACUGUGCUGCCGAUUCCCUACGCGGUUCUUAGUCUUGUUCCGAACUUGCUGUUUGCGUACUAUACGGGUCGUUUCUGGCACACACCCAAUGAGAAAAGUGCCCGCAUGUGCUUUUGGUUCAGCCUGUUCCACUUGCCGGCCGUGAUGUUACUCGCCAUGGCAUGCAAAGCUGAGAUGUGGGACAGUAUCCUGGCGACAUUCUCGGGCACCUUGCCGUCAUCGACAACGUCGCCGUCGUCCCCGGCUGUGUCAUCCUAG